UAUGACACGCCGUAGUACAGUGCUGCGGCGCAAAGAACUGCUGCGGGGGACAUGUCUGGGCGUUAAGUUUCGUUCUUUUUUCAAUAAUUCGACAAGGGGCCAGAGUCCGAAGAUUACAACUGAACCUGAAAGGUCGGUGACUACUUGUACUUGGGUCUAGAUGGGAAGCCACAGCAAGAAACACAAGAAAAGCAGACACCGAUCGAGAUCACGGAGUUUAAGCAGUGAACGCAGACACCGCAAAUCUCGUCGGAGGUCAAGGUCCCGAUCUCGGUCCAGUAGUAGUGAUUCAAGCCGCAGUGACCGGCGGACGAAAUCAAGGAAGCACCAUCGCCGAUCGCAGUCCAGAUCACAGAGUCGAUCCAGGUCUCCCUUAGAUCACAGGAGAGGUCGUCGGUCGCGGAGUCGAUCGAGAGAUCGAGACCGGCAUUCCAACAAGCACAGACACCGGUCACGGUCACGCAGCCUCAGUCGGUCAAAGAGAAGGUCUCGCACACGCUCCAGGACACCCAGCAGGAGGCGAAGAAGCAGGUCCCGCAGCGCAUCACUGGAGCGGUCGUCCCACGGAGGCAGCCGCUCCCGACACGACUCCAAGGAGAAAACGAAGGAGUUCAAGGAAGAUAAACAAUCCCAGAAUUUGACACCUUCGGAGUCCGUGAAACAGAAGAUGCAGAAGGCAUUGGAGGCGGCAGCCUCUGCUAAUGACAAAUUGAAAGAGAAGGGAGUCAUAUCUGCCACUGUCAAGCAAGAGCCACUCAGUUUGGCCGAGGAGCAGCAGAAACAAAAGGCAAUAGCAGAGAUUGAGGAGGACUCAUUCAAGCCAAGCACCUUUCUGUCAGGACAGAGCACGGCCCGACCUCUACCCGCCAAACUGACCAAAGAGCAGAACCAUGACAAUGCCAUAUUUGGCAGCGCAGCCGUCUCGGUGGCUGGUCUGAACCAGGCCUCCUUCAAGCGGAACCAAACCAUUUUCUACAAGACUGUCAACAGGGGAGAACUGGCCAGUUCACUGUUGGCCAAAACCUCCAAGGAGAAGAUGGAUGCAUGGAUUGCCAAGCUGGCGAAGAUGCGAGAGGAAAAGAUCAAAUCCAACCCAGAAUACUUCAAGAAGUUUCUGACCAUCGGCACGGAUGACUCGUGGGACUAAGACACUGUUGUUAGCUUCGAUUUAAUUCUGAGACGUGCUGAUCAACGAUUACGGAACUCGGCUGGAGACCAAUCAAAUGGUCAAGUCAUCAAGCAAUCAACUACGAAUCUGCUGGCCUGCUGUCCAUCCAUGGUGUACAUGCAUGCUUUAGUUGUUGAAAUAACUGAGGAGCUGCAGUUAAAAGCAGUCAUUGCGCCAUUUGCCAACUCGACUCUGGACAACUUGACUGUUGAGGCAACUCGACCGUCCAUGCGUAAAAGGCAGAGACAAGUCGACCGUUGAGACAAGUCGUCCGUUGGGACGCUGUCCGCUCCGCCCAGUCGUCUGCUGAGGCCACGGUGUGAAAUACUAUGCCUUAAUAGUGGGAUGGAAUUUCAUGGAGUAGAUAGACAAGCCCAAUUUCUGAGGUAUUAUAAAAAAGGUUGCCGUAGUAAGUCAAUCUUUGCGCAAUCAGUCGAUCUUUUACCCGCGCUGACCCAGCUACAUAUAGCAUGCCUCGUUCUGGAUCGCUUAAAAAAAAUCUCCUUUGUGUUGUCUUUUAGUUCUACAUUUUAGACUGGUUCUAGUUAAAAGGUGAAAUGUAAGCUUCUUGUUGAACAAAACCUGUUCUAGGAAAUUUAGAAAAGAAAUUUUGGCCAAAUUUCUGAUUCACACUUUUCUACAUUCGAGUUGCCUCCCUGUCAAAGUCGAGUUGUCCUAAGGGGCGACUUGGCAAACGGUCCACUUGUCUCAACGGUCGAGUUUGGCAAACGGUCAAGUUGUCCGACAUCCAUUGCGCCACUGCCCCCAGAACUCCCACGAGGAAGCAGACGUCGAACCCCACAGUUCUAGGGGUACUGCGCCACAUGGUCUGCCUACCGUAUAUGUACGUGUAAAUAUAGUAAUGUGCACAACUGCUGAAUCAGGGGUUAUCCAUUUUUGUUGUCUUCUUCACGGGUGUACAGAACACACUGAUCAUUCCUCUUCCCACUCCCCCUUCCAAAAGCAUACGCAAGAAAAGGCCGAUUGCCGAUCGGCCUUAUUUUAAGUUUGUGAAAGUGUACACCAGGCUGUCCAUAAUUUGUACAUGUACAUGGCGAAUAUAACGGACAACGGAAACGUUUA